GCUGCUGAGCGGAAAAAAAGUAAAGCCAACAAAAGCGCAGACAAGCUUAGCUCAAGUUCAAGGAUGUUAUGUAAUGCAGCCAAGAGAGAGAGAGAGCGCCAAGUAAAGUACUAUAUGUAGGUUGACAUGCCAAUUAGUGCAUUCAUAAUUCAUGACGUAUGUUAAUUGCUACACUUAAACCCAACUAGAUGGCCAACGAUUGGGGGCUGUAAAACCUUUAAGACAAAAGCAGAACCAGUCUUAUCUCCCCGCUAAAGAUACCAGAUAAUGUUGUUUAUGAUUUGACAGAGCGGCUAAGUGAUUCAGUUCAGUUUUAGCCACAACCCAGUGAUGGUGACAUCGCAACGGACCAAAGAUAUAUGCCGCAAGGUGAGAUUGAAAUCGACGCAAGUGUUCAUUGUGGCCGGAACAUGUCUUAUUACGGUCAUGAUCACCCUGCUUUGCAUUGGCUUCAUGACCCGCUAUGAGGUGGAGAACGAGGUGGCCAACGUGGCGGAUGUGGAAUAUUGGAAGGACAAGGUGGCGGCCUCACAGAAAAUCUGGUAUGACAAGGGCAUCGAGGAGCUAAACGAAGCACUGAGAAUGCCAGCGGGUCCGAUAUAUCCCAGGAACUUGAGAAUCUUUGUGGUUCAGGGAAUCGAUGGUCGGCACUUGGCUAGCCAUCGGUUUCCAAGUCGAGAGAGAAGUCAAGAAAAUACGAAUUUUGUGUGGGAUCGAUAUCCACAUCUCGCUCGCCUGAAGAAUAGCUGCAGUCAGAGAUCUCCCUGUCCAGUGGGAAGUGUUUCCCAGGCCUUCUGGUCUGGCCUUCCUCUGGAAAAGUCUUUGGAAAUGGAAACGGAAUGUAGGCAAAUGGAUAACCAAACGGAUACACUGCUAAGUGUCCUGCGACAGGCUCAAUUAGCUGGCCUAAGAACUGGUUUUGUAACCACUCAACGGUUGACAGGUGCCACGGGAGCAGCUCUCUAUGGCAAUAGUCCCUAUGAAUGCGAUGAACGAAUGCCAUUGGGUUUCCUCCAAUCCGGUUGCCAGGAUGUGGCCCGCCAGCUAAUCUCUGGAGAGACUGGCAAAUCCCUCAAUGUGAUCAUUGGCGGUGGCCGGCAAAUGUUGAGCAGACUUGUGCCACAAACCAAAUACGAUCCCGUGGAUGAGCUGCUCUGCCAGGCCGGCGAGGGACGCAAUUUGCUAAAGGAAUGGCGUAAUCAGAAACUCAGACAGAGCAAAAUUAAGCCCAUUAGAUUUGACUUGAUCCAGCGAACCGAUGAGCUGGAAUCCCUGAAUGCCAGUCGCUAUGAUCACUUGAUGGGUGUAAUGGCCAAUGGGGAUUUGAGUGGUAAUCCCAAAGCUCCUUCUUUAAAUUUAAUGGUUGAUAAGUCACUUGAAGUUUUGGAGAGAAAGAGUCAAGGUUAUCUACUAAUUGUGGAGCAAGUUAUCCAGAAGAAAAUGAACACUAGAAGACAGCUACAGAUACUUAAUGAAACUUUGAAUGGUCUUCGAAAGGAUAUGGAUACCUUAACUCUGGUACUCUUUACCAAUGGUGUAUAUUCCCAGCCCAGUCUAGAUGUCAGUGAGGAAACGGAAACCAUAAGUUAUUUAUCAGAGAUUUUUAAUGAACAGGAAAUUCGAGUUCAGGAAAGAUUGCAGCAAAUGCCAUCGGAGAGUUUGGUGUUUGCUCAGGGACCCAGAUCUACCUUAUUUGUUGGUGUUCAAAAUGAAACUUUUCUGGCACAUGCUAUAGCUCAUGUUCUCAGUAGAAGUAAACUAGUCUCAAAACUAUAAAGAAAAAGCAAGGCCUUAAAAGGAAAUUAAUAGUUCACUAACUCUAAGUGUUCUUUAAAGGUUGUAAAAUUAUAUAAUUUUAUAUAUAUGUAUGUUGUUCUCGUUAAAUGUUAUUUUAGCCCCUCCUUUUCCCCCUUAA